AUGCUCUCACAUAUGUUGGAACAGCUGAAGGCCCAGCCGCUGUAUCAAGACCUCAACUGGCGGCUUGCCCUCGUCGGCGGGGUGUCAUCUCUGGGGGCCCUAGGCUUUGGAUUCGAUAACGGGUGGUGGGGAGGCGCACUGGGUCUUUCUCAGUUCCAGAAGAAAUAUGGAGAAUAUGAUGAUGCCCUGGGGCAUUUCGUGAUUCCAUCCCAAAAGACGUCGGUCGGCACAGGGACGGGCUCGGCCGGGAUCAUUCUUGGCUGCAUCAUGGCCCCAAUGGUCGCAUCCAAGCUGGGCCGCCGUAAUUCGUUCUUGGUCCUGUCGCUGCUGAUGCUAAUCGGCAUCACCCUCGAGGCAUCCGCGGUGACAUCGUUCUGGCAACUUGUCGUUGGCCGAAUCAUUGUCUACUCGGGGAUUGGUUUGGCAUCUAACUGCGUACCACUGUACUUGUCGGAGUGCUCACCACCACGCAUUAGAGGUGCCUUUCUUGGACUGUAUAGCUUCUUCAACUCCCUGGGUGUUUUCCUGGCUUCCCUUGUGGUCUACCUAUCGCGGUCCAGGACGGAUAAAUGGCAGUAUUUGGUUGUCAUACUUUGUCAGUUGCUAGUGCCUAUUGGAUAUAUCGCAUUCUAUGCAUUUAUCCCCGAGUCGCCUCGCUACCUCAUUUACCGUGGUCGUUUUGAAGAGGCUGAACAAGUCCUGAGAUCGCUAUCGAAUUACCCAGACACGAUUGCGUACGAGGUAGAACUUCUUAAGGCCCAGGCCGAGGAGCAACAAGAGCUGCACAAGGCAACGUCCAUCUGGGACUGCUUCAGAGGCUCCAACCGGAGACGUACGAUAAUUGCUAUCGGGGUCCAGGUGCUGCAGCAGGCCCAGGGCGUUUCCUUCAUUCAGAACUUUAUCGUCACCUUCCUGGAGCAACUGAAAUUCCCUGACCCCUUACGUACCAACCUGAUGGUGACCGGCUGCAGUUUUGCUGUCCACAUCAUCACCUUCUUCAGCUUCGACAAGAUCGGUCGGCGGUACUCGUUAUGCAUCGGGGCAAUCCUCCUGGGUGGCACAAUGUUUGGAACCGGGAUCGCAAUUGCCACCGGAGAUACAAGUUACGGGACGUCGCCUGCAGCAACAGCAUCCAUUGCACUCCUGAUCCUUUGGUACUGCAUGUAUGGUUUCACCUGGGGCCCCGGCUGUUGGGUUGUGGCGGGUGAAGUAGGGACGGGCCAGUUGCGCGAGCGCACGCUCUUCCUCGCCUCGAUGGGUAGCUUCCUAACAUCGGUCCCGAUCAAUUUUGUUAAUCCAUAUGUGCAAGCGCGGCUAGGAGGGUCGGUAACAUUCAUCUAUGGUGGCUUUUCUGUGGUUGCGUUAAUCUGGGUAUUUUUGACGGUGCCCGAGACCCGGGGCCGCUCCCUUGAAGAACUGGACGAUAUGUUCCAGGCUGAGGUCCCAACGCGGCAGUUUAAGAAGUAUCAAUGCAGCGGAAUCGGGGCACAUAUCACGGGUGCUCAAAAUGCGCAAAGCAAAGACGUCAAGGAGGUGGAAGAGGAAUGGGUAGAGAGUGGGAGAGGUACAGGUGCCUAG